AUGCCACCCCCUGCUCAUCUCAUGCGCACAAGUCUGCGUAAUGGCAUCUCUCAACCUAAAAACCGUAUCGAAGACACAAAUCAGACUUGGUCUCUUGUUCCUCAAUCUCCCACACAUACUCCAGUCUGUUAUAAAUGGGUCAUCUGCAUCAAGCAUCACUCUGAUGACACUAUUGAACGCUACAAGGCUCGCCUAGUGACUAAGGGAUUUCACAACGCCAUGGCAUUGACUACUUUGAGACCUUCAGCCCUGUUGUCAAACCAGCCACAAUUCACACUGGUCUCAAUCUUGCUGUUUCCGGACAAUGGUUUUUACGGCAACUCAAUGUCAAAAAUGCCUUCCUUUAAGAACACGUAUAUAUGGUUCAUCUGCAUCAAGCAUCACUCUGAUGACACUAUUGAACGCUACAAGGCUCGCCUAGUGACUAAGGGAUUUCACAACGCCAUGGCAUUGACUACUUUGAGACCUUCAGCCCUGUUGUCAAACCAGCCACAAUUCACACUGGUCUCAAUCUUGCUGUUUCCGGACGAUGGUUUUUACGGCAACUCAAUGUCAAAAAUGCCUUCCUUUAAGAACACGCUCCACGUGCAUGGUUUAAUCAUAUCAGCACCUUUCUCUUAUCCCUUGGUUUUUCAAGAAGUUUGGCAUACUCUUCACUUUUUAUCUUUCAGCAAGGAUCCCACACCAUCUUUCUCCUCAUUUACUUCUUGGGCUCUUCAUCUCAAUCAACUUAAGUAUGUUCAUGAUUUGUUACACAAAAGUAAUUUCCUACAUGCCAAGCCUGCUUCCAUUCCUCUUGCGGCCAAGUUUGUUCUAACUGCCAGUGAUGUUUACUUGCUCGCUUCUCCCACAGAAUACCAUGAACUUGUUCUUCAAUAUUUCACCCUUACCCGCCCAGAUAUUUCCUUUGCUGUUAACACUGUGGCCCAGUUUAUGAGCUCUCCUCACUCUCCUUACAUGGUUGCCAUCAAAAGGAUUCUCCAUUAUGUUAAGGGCACCAUUGACUUUGGCCUCCAUUUUACACCCCAAGGUCCUUCCACUCAUCUCAUUGUUUACUCAGAUGCCGAUUGGGCUGGGUGCCCAGACUCCAGCCGUUCGACAACUGGCUACCUCAUAUGCUUGGGCUCCAAUCUUAUUUCAUGUUCCCAUGCAUUGUACAAUCUCAGCAUAACUUAUAUGGCGGCAAACACGGUAUUCCAUGCUCGUACUCGCCACAUUGAACUUGAUUACCACUUUGUUCGUGAGAAGGUGGCCCUUGGGAGUCAUUAA